GACUACAGGAGCCGCCACAGCAAGAGGGACCAGAGAAGACCAGGCGAGACGUGCACAGGCGAGAGAUACCGGUCUCGAUUUUUUAUGGGGCGGAGGGAGAUAACUAAACAGUGAGAGCAUAUUUACUGGAGGCACAAAGUGGAGGAUAAAAGGCGAGCACCCUCUGUUUGUGUGUGUGCAUGUGUGUGUUUGGGGGGGGACUGCGCCGUUCAGGGGACACACAAAUGUGAGCGACGCGCACGAAAACGACUCAGGUGCAGAGAAAGCAAACUGGCGGCGCACUUAGGAUGCAGAAGUCACCAGUGGAAGAUGCAAACUUCUUCUCCAAAUAUUUCUUCUGGUGGACGUCACCGCUGCUGAGGAAGGGCUUCAAAAAGAAGUUGGAGCUGACAGAUGUUUAUAAGGCUCCUUCUUAUGAUCUGGCAGACAACCUCUCUGAGAGACUCGAAAGAGAAUGGGACAGAGAGGUGGUGUCAGCCAAGAAGCAGCCCAGGCUGAUGAGAGCGUUGGCCCGCUGCUUCCUCGGCCCUUUCGCCUUCUUUGGUAUCCUCCUCUACCUCGGGGAGGCCUCCAAGACGGUGCAGCCUCAGCUUCUGGGUCGCAUCAUCGCCUCCUUUGACCCAUUUCAUGCUCCGGAGCGGAGCCAGGGAUACUUCCUGGCCCUGGGCCUCUGCCUUCUCUUCACUGCCCGCUUCCUCCUGCUGCAACCUGCCAUCUUCGGCCUACAUCACCUGGGCAUGCAGAUCCGCAUCGCCCUUUUCAGUCUUAUAUACAAGAAGACCCUGAAGCUGUCCAGCAGAGUCUUGGAUAAGAUCAGCACCGGUCAACUGGUUAGUCUGAUGUCUGCCCACCUCAACAAGCUGGAUGAGAGCUUAGGUCUGGCUCACUUUGUAUGGAUCACCCCACUGCAGUGUAUACUGUGCGUGGGUCUGAUUUGGGAGCUGAUCGAGGUGAACGGCUUUUGCGCGCUGGCAGCUCUGACUUUGCUGGGCAUCAUCCAAGCCUGGCUCUCACAGAAGAUGGGACCACACCGGGUGAAGCGAGCAGGGAUGAUCAACCGGCGCCUGGCUCUCACCUCAGAGAUUGUGGAGAACAUCCACUCUGUGAAAGCAUAUGGUUGGGAGGAGGUGAUGGAGACCAUCAUCAAAAACAUCAGGCAGGACGAGAUGACACUGACAAGAAAGAUCGGGUCUCUGCGUUACUUCUACAGCGCCUCGUACUUCUUCUCCGCCAUCUUGGUCAUCGUGUCUGCCAUCGUGCCGCAUGCACUCAGUAAAGGCAUCAUCCUGCGUCGUAUCUUCACAACAGCCUCCUACUGCAUGGUGCUGCGAAUGACACUGACCCGCCAGCUGCCAGGAUCCAUCCAGAUGUGGUAUGACACACUGGCACUGGUCAAGAAGAUUGAGGAAUUCUUGAUGAAAGAAGAAUACAGAGUGCUAGAAUACAACCUGACCACCACUGAACUGGAGCUGGUUAAUGUGUCUGCAUCCUGGGAUGAGGGCAUUGGUGAGCUGUUUGAGAAGAUCAAGCAGGAGAACAAAGCAAACGGACACCUAAACGGUGACGCUGGCCUCUUCUUCACUAACCUCUACAUCACACCUGUCCUCAGAAACAUCAGCCUGUACCUGGAGAAGGGAAAGAUGCUGGCGGUGGCUGGAUCCACUGGUUCAGGGAAGAGUUCCCUGCUGAUGAUGAUCCUGGGAGAGUUAGUGCCAUCGGAGGGUAAAAUCAAACACAGCGGUCGCAUUUCCUUCUCAUCGCAGACUGCCUGGAUCAUGCCAGGGACAAUUCGGGACAACAUCUUGUUUGGCCUGACCUAUGAUGAGUACCGCUACACCUCUGUCAUCAAGGCCUGCCAGCUGGAAGAGGAUUUUGCCUAUCUGCCUGAGAAAGACAAGACAAUGCUCAUCGAAGGAGGGGUGACCCUCAGUGGCGGUCAAAGGGCUCGCCUUGGCCUGGCCAGGGCUGUGUAUAAAGAUGCAGACCUCUACCUACUGGAUGCACCUUUCACCCACCUGGACAUUGUGACGGAGAAAGAGAUCUUUGAGAAGUGUGUCUGUAAACUUAUGGCCUCCAAGACGCGUAUUGUCGUCACCAGCAAGUUGGAGCAUCUGAAACGAGCAGACAAAAUCCUCCUCCUGCACAAUGGAGACUGCUACUUCUACGGCACCUUCUCAGAGCUGCAGGCCCAGCGGCCUGACUUCAGCUCGCUCCUCCUCGGCCUGCAGGCUUAUGACAACAUUAAUGCCGAGCGACGCAGCUCCAUCCUCACAGAAACCCUCCGCAGGGUCUCCAUCGAUGAAACCGCUGGCUUCCGGAGUCCGGACCAGAUGCGCCAGUCAUUCCGCCAGCCACCACCUCCACUAAUCGUCCCUGGACCCCAAGGCAAUUCUGGAAGCGAUGGCUACCCAGAAAAACGCAAACAGUCCCUCAUCCUCAAUCCCUUGGCUGCUGCUCGCAAGUUUUCCUUCAUUGGGAAUUCCCAACAGACUACAAAUCCUCCCCAGUCCAUGACGAUAGAGGACAGUGUUCGUGAAAUUUCUGACAGGAAAUUCUCUGUAGUACCCGAGGAUGAUCAAGUAGAGGAAGUGCUCCCUAGAGGGAACAUGUACCAUCAUGGGCUGCAGCACCUCCACGGGCAGCGGCGCCAGUCUGUCCUGGCGUUCAUCACCAACUCUCAGGGUCAGGAUCGCAGAGAGCAGAUGCAGUCCUCCUUCAGAAAAAAGCUGUCCAUCACACCACAGUGCGAUCUGGCGUCUGAGCUGGACAUUUAUGCCCGGCGCCUGUCCAAGGACAGUGUCUAUGACAUUAGUGAGGAAGUGGAUGAAGAAGACAUGGAGCAAUGCUUCGCAGAUGAACGUGAGAAAAUCUUUGAAACUACCUCAUGGAGCACUUACCUUCGCUACAUCACCACCAACAAGAGCUUAGUCUACGUCUUGAUUUUCAUCGUCUUUGUCUUCAUCAUUGAGGUUGCUGGGUCAGUCAUUGGCAUUUUCCUCAUUACUGACACGAUCUGGAGGGACAGCGCCAACCCUUCAUCGCCCAACUACAUUGACGAGCAGCAUGUGAACGCCUCAUCGCCCCCCACCCACCUGGCAGUUAUCGUCACACCGACCAGUGCUUACUACAUCAUCUACAUCUACGUGGCCACAUCGGAGAGUGUGCUGGCCUUGGGAUUUUUCAGGGGUCUCCCAUUAGUGCACACAUUACUCACAGUGUCCAAAAGACUACAUGAACAGAUGCUUAGCGCUGUAAUACGAGCUCCCAUGGCUGUGCUCAACACCAUGAAGACAGGCCGCAUCAUGAACAGAUUCACCAAGGACAUGGCCACCAUAGAUGACAUGCUGCCUCUGGUGCUGUUUGACCAAAUACAGCUCACAUUAAUUGUUUUGGGGGCCAUCUUCACUGUGUCCAUCAUGCGGCCUUACAUCUUCAUCGCUGCCAUCCCAUUGGCUUUCAUCUUUGUUGUCCUCAGAAAGUACUUUUUAAGAACUGGAGAGCAACUCAAGCUACUGGAGGCUGAAGCUCGCAGCCCCAUCUUCUCCCACCUCAUCAUCUCAUUGAAAGGUUUAUGGACAAUUCGGGCAUUUGGGCGUCAGACCUACUUCGAGACGCUCUUCCACAAGGCGCUGAACACUCACACAGCCACCUGGUUCCACUACCUGGCCACACUGCGUUGGUUUCUCUUCCGCUGUGACAUGAUCUUCGUUCUGUUCUUCACCGCCGCCGCCUUCAUCGCCGUGGGAACCAACAAGGACAAACCAGGGGAGGUUGGCAUCAUCGUUGCCCUGGCCAUGCUCAUACUGGGGACUUUCCAAUGGGCUGUCAUCACCAGCAUCACUGUAGAUGGACUGAUGCGUUCAGUGGAUCGGGUGUUCAGGUUCAUUGAUCUUCCAUCAGAGGAGCCUCUGCCGGGGAAAUCCGGUGGGAAAGGAGGCUCCGACCUUGUCAUUGACAACCCUCACGCCCAAGACUGCUGGCCCAACCGUGGCCAGAUGGACGUCCAGGGCCUCACCGUGAAAUACACAGAGGCUGGACGAGCCGUCCUCAAAGACAUCUCCUUCUCUGUGGAGGGUGGACAGAGUGUGGGUCUGCUGGGUCGAACAGGUUCAGGUAAGAGCACCCUGCUCUCUGCUCUGCUGCGCCUCGCCUCCACUGACGGAGAAAUCUCCAUUGACGGCGUCUCCUGGAGCUCCGUCUCUCUGCACACAUGGAGGAAGGCCUUUGGAGUGGUGCCACAGAGAGUCUUUAUUCUGACUGGAACAUUUCGGAUGAACCUAGACCCACACGGACGUUACAGCGACGACGAGCUGUGGAGUGUAGCCGAGGAGGUGGGUUUGAAGUCAGUCAUCGAGCAGUUUCCAGACAAGCUGGACUUUCAGCUGGAAGACGGUGGCAACGUGUUGAGCAACGGUCACAAACAGCUGCUGUGUCUCGCCCGUUCCAUCCUGAGCAAGGCCCGCAUCCUGCUGCUGGACGAACCCUCUGCCUACCUUGACCCCAUAACGUUACAGGUCCUGAGGAAGACACUGAAGCAGGCAUUCUCUGGCUGUACCGUCAUCCUAUCAGAACACAGAGUGGAGCCGCUGCUGGAGUGUCAAUCAUUCCUGAUGAUCGAGGACAGCUCCAUGAAAAGCUACGACUCCAUUCAGAAGCUGCUGAAUGAGACGAGUCACCUGAAACAGGCCAUGAGCCCCGCCGACCGGCUCCGCCUCUUCCCAACGCUCCACCGCCUCAACUCCAGCAAGAGGGCGGCACCGCCCACCACCAAGAUCUCAUCUCUGCCAGAGGAAGCUGAGGACGACGUUCACGACACUCGUCUCUAGCCGGCCAGGCACACAAGAACACACAUACACACACAAACACACACCUACAGGACAAAAAACAGGAUCAAAUGUUUCGAUACUGAUGAUUUUUUUUAUAAACGUUUCUGAGCCAUUAUGCCUUUCUCACUGUGGGACACUAAAAAUCAUCACCAGAAACCAGACAAACUAUUUUAUCCAACAAGAGGAGAAAUAAAAAUUUAAGUGACAUGAAACGAAUAAAACAACACAUUUAGACUGAUAUAUUGACCGAACCCUUAUACACAUACUGUAUAUUAUACACAUGUAAAGACAGAUCACACACACAGAUGCUGACGUCCAUUUUACUGUCGCAUAACAAGGCUGAUGUAUGGAGCUCACAAGUGGUGGAGGAUGUUUUGCACACAGGACAAAUUAAAUGAAAGAGUGUUCAGUGCAGAAUGUGGAGGCUGAGGGGACAGAAACUUCACAUGACAAGUAUGCAACACGUUGACCAACACGGUGCAACAUAGUUUAGAGAAGAUACGAGUACAUCUGUACGUAGGUCAACUGGAAUAAAAAAUCUGCAGGAUACAAAAUUGAAGAUUUGAUUGUAAAUCUGUUACUGAAUUAGAAAAAUAAUAAACCUGUGUGUGUGCGUAAGCUGCAGGGCAUAUCUUACUUCCAGAAGCACUGGGAGCAGAGCGAGAGGUGCCACUGUAAAUUAAGCACACCCCCAAAAAUCUAUGGUUCAGUCUGGUUGACAGGACAGUUUAAAGUGUCUUCACAGGUCAGUCAGUCAGGUGGACAAACAGUGUGAGACUUCCUUCAGUUCAAAAAGUUUCUCCUCUGAAGCAAAAAAGGAAAAAAAGAAGCAUUUGCUUUGAAAAAGCACCAAUCACGUCACAGAUUUUUGCAGGAUUGUUGGAAAAAUAUUUUUAUUAGUUUGAAGUAAUGGAUUACUCUCCUGCUCAUUUUCACUGGAGCCUUCUGUGUUUGUUUGAGUUCAGACUGAACAGCAGCCACUGCACAAGUCUGACUCACUGUGUUAUCUUCCAUAAGGGUGAGAUCAGAUUGGGGCGUUUUACUCCUGUAUGAAUACAAAGUGUAACUAUGAGAGCUCAGAAAGCACAACGUUAACUCCUCAUAUGCACCACAGUGAACUAGCCUCAGAUCGCUAACAGGAAAGAACAAUGCAGAUAACGCCGUGCAAACUGAGAAUAAAACGACCAUGUGAACAUGAAGACACAUCAAAACACUCAAACACAGCAGCAGGAGAGUUUCUCACAGUUCAAAUGUAUGAAUUGAUCCCACACUGCAAAAUCACACAAACCUCCUGCAGUGCACAUGAUGUAUAGAACAUACAGUUGUGAUCUUCUAUGAUGGAAGCACCCAGCUGCAAACAGUGCCACAAUGCUGCUUGUGGAGACUUGUAAACCAGAAUUUGAAGACCAGAUCAGGACCAUGUUAGAAUCACUGCACAUUAAACAGAAAAAUGCUUCAGUAGUGCUAACUGGACAGUUUGAAUAAAUGUGAAAACACUGUCAUAUUUCAGUGUGGACAAAUUUCAUGUCAAGAAAACUCACUGUCAGUGAAUCAAGGUGUCAAGGUGACAACAGGUGUUGUCAUAAGGAGCACCUCUGUUGGCAUGCGUUGUAAGCUGUCCACAAUGACUUCACCCAGACAGUUCUCUAGAACUGACACAGUGCUAAAACAAAGUGUGAUAACAGCCAGACUGUCCAUGACAAUAAGACACAAAUCAAGCACCGUAUUGGCCUACAUAUUCUGCAGUCCACACACACUUAGUUUAGAGUUUUUGUGAAACUUCUACAGCAGUUCAUGUGUUCACCUGAAUAUAUUUUUUAAUGUUUUUAGUUUAGUCGGUGUGACGCUGCAGUAACUUGACUGCCGUCAACACACGCAUCAACAGGAACCAUGACGCUGUUAACGAGUGAUGACUCAGAUACCCUUAUUUUUCGAUCUGAAUGCACUUUAGAGACACCCUGAGGUACUCAUCCGCUUUCACAGCAAGGAAACAGUCAAUCAAUUAAAUGCUGUACGUUUUUUUUCCCCAGUUGCUCCAUUAAAUGAAGUGUAGACUUUGAUAACAAUUGUGCUUUUUACUUUUACUCGAUGAAGAUGGUAAUUCAAGACAUUUUCUACGUGAAAUAAAGUCUAUUUUUUCAAAGCCAUUGCUGUACAAACGCAAACAUUUAGCAUUUCUUUUUUAAAACCUUUUUUCCAUGUUCUGUCUGUACUUCCCUUGGAAACUGGAAACCAUUGUGACUCUAACAUCACUUUCUUUUUUGGUUAAGGGAAGAGUGUGUUGCUCCUUUCAUACUGAAUAAAAAAUUAAGGUACCGUGGAGAAAUGCCUUGAUGUGUUAACUGUGACGACAGAUUUUUUUUUUACUGAGUAAAUUAAGAACAGAGUUGUUUCUUGCUCAUAGGAAAGGACACAGGUCCUAAAAUGUAUAAAUGUAUUUGUUCAAUCAAUUAUAU